CAACCACACUCAUCUUUCUCUUCUUGCACAUCGCUCUCAUCAUGUCUUGGUUCUCUGAGGAUUCUGAGCAGGCCGUCUCCUACCAGACUGUCACUGAGAAGCCCCACGAGGCUUCUUGGAGCCACGAGCUCAUCGCCGGCGCCGCCGCCUUCGAGGCUGCCAAGGCCUACGAGAACCACUGCGCUGAGAACGGCCGCCCCGACGACCACUCCACUGCUAAGGAGCUCCUGGCCGGCUUCGCUGGUGCUUUCGUCGAUCGCGAGGUCGAGACCAGAGGCCUCGACUACAUUGACAAGCAGAGGGCCAAGGACCAGGCUCAAGAACAAGUCGAGACCGUGUACAAUGAGCAAUUCGUUAGCAACUACUAGAGUAACGCAACUUCUUCUCCCUCGGUCUGGACCCUGAUCGUCAUCAUAUAUCGGGCACACUUUUGUCGCAGACACAAACAGAAUACGAAAGGAAUGUACAUCUGUAAGCGCGAGUUACUUUGCAUUGGU